AAAUAAUAAUAAAAAAAGGCAUGCCCUCCCUCCAAUAAAUAGGCUAUAUAAACUUUCCAUUCAUCUCCAAAGUUGUGUCAAGUCAUACAGUUAGACAGGUCUAUUCUUCCCAGGUAACGCUGAAUAAAAUAAUGGCAGCAUCUCAGAAAAGUCUUGGAAAAGGAAGUGCUGCUCCUGGCCCUGUUCCAAAGGACCAUAUUCGACUCUAUAGCAUGAGAUUCUGCCCUUUUGCCCAACGGACAAGAUUGGUGCUCAAUGCCAAGGGAAUUAAACAUGACAUCAUCAACAUCAGUUUGAAGAAUAAGCCAGAUUGGUUUCUGGAGAAGAAUCCUCUUGGUUUAGUGCCAACGCUGGAGACCCAGAGUGGUCAGGUGAUAUACGAGUCACCAAUCACUUGUGAUUACCUGGAUGAGGUCUACCCUCAGAAGAAACUGCUUCCAUCUGACCCGUUUGAGAGGGCCCAACAGAAAAUGCUUCUGGAGUAUUUCUCAAAGGUGAUUGCCAACUUCUAUAAGAUAAGCAGGGCAAAAGGAGAAGAUGUGUCUGCAUUUGAAGAAGAAUUUAAAGAGAAACUUUCCCAAUUAAAUGAGACCCUUGUCAAGAAGAAGACCAAGUUUUUUGGAGGAGAUUCAAUAACAAUGAUCGACUACAUGAUGUGGCCAUGGUUUGAGAGGUUGGAGAUAAUUAAGCUGAAGCACUCUUUGGACAGCACUCCUCAGCUGAAGAAGUGGACUGAACAUAUGUUGGAGGAUCCCACUGUAAAAGCCACAAUGUUCAGCACAGAAUUCUACAAGGUGUUCUACAAGUCAAACUUGGAGGGAAACCCCAAUUAUGAUUAUGGUUUAUAGAAAGAAUUCUACAAGGUGUUCUACAAGUCAAACUUGGAGGGAAACCCCAAUUAUAAUUAUGGUUUAUAGAAUAAAUAAUUGUUCUCGGGUAAAAUACAUCUUGAUUGCCUGUCUGUUUUAACAGAUAUUGGGUACAAAAGUCAGUUAAUACUGUUUAAUCUUUUAUACUAUGAUCCCAAUGAAUGCCUCAUAUAUCAUUCUUUAUGUCCUUUUGAUUUGUGGUGUGGAUAUCAAAAAAAUAAAUCUAAAACUUUGAGGGCUCUCAGUA